UCGAAACUCACCUGGCAAAAUGCUUUCUCUUUGACUUUCUUAAUUGCUCGGGAACAAGGAAAUAAACCACUUCUUACCUGGAUCGCAUAACUAUUUAUGACUGCUCCGCGAAAACAAACAGUGCGGCCCGUGGGAAAGAGCUUUUUUCAGAGCGGGGAAUCAGGAAGCAUUAUAUUAGGUUAAAGUUCAUUAUUAAAUAGUUCGCUGUUUCACCGUAAUUUCUUGUGAAAGUAGGCUAGGCAACUUUUCGAGGACUUAAGAACUUUCGUGGACUUUGGAAUAUAUACGAGUACUAUCAUAUUGUGAGGAACGCAUGGUGAAUGUUUGGGAUGUAUAAUAUGACGUUUCGGCCUAAAAACUGACCAUGCGGUAUUUAACAGGAGAGGAGCUGAGGAAGACAUUGGGCUGGUGGCUGGUCCUAGCCCUGUUUGCCGCAGGCGUCGGCGUCACGUACAUGCGCACUCUCGAGUCCUCUCCUUUCGGUCACGUGACCAGCAGGACGAAUGCUACCUAUGACUACAUCAUUGUGGGAGGAGGUGCUGAAGGAUGUGUAUUGGCCACACGACUGUCGGAAGAUCCCCGGGUUUCCGUUUUGCUAUUGGAGGCGGGAGGGGAGGAGACAGUCAGUAUGUGGAACCACGUGCCCCUUUGGAGCCCCAUCAGGCCGGGAUCCAAACAGGACUGGGGAUUUUCCACAACACCACAGAAGUUCGCAUGUAAAUCAAUGAAGCAAAAGAAGUGUCCAGUCUUGCAACCUAAAGUCCUCGGCGGCUCAUCUCUGACCAGCAGCAUGCUCUACACACGUGCAAGCAAAUACGACUUCGCAAGUUGGCCACAGGACAAGGCUAAAACCUGGUCCUACGAAAACAUCCUGCCGUAUUACUUUAAAUCAGAAGAUAUGUUAGAUGAAGAUCUCAAAAUUUCUGAUCGCCAUUCAACUAACGGUCCACUGCCUGUAUCUGGUGUACAGAAGGAGAUGUAUCUUCUCCACGACAUGUUUCUGGAAGGAGCCAGGGAGCUCAAGAACAAGCCUAUCGACUGCAAUGGCUUGGAGGGAGUUGGUUUCUGUCGGCUAUACACGACCGUACAUGAUGGAGACAGGUUCAGCUCGGCCAAAGACUUCCUCCGACCCGUCCUAUCUCGUCGUAAUCUACACGUGUCAACACAUUCCACUGUCAUUAAAAUCCUGAUUACAAACCGGAGGGCUGUCGGUGUAGAUUAUGUGCGUAACGGCGAUAAAAAGACUGUUGGUGGAAGUAGAGACGUCAUAGUGACGGCAGGGGCGAUUGGCACAGCUCAGCUCUUGUUGUUAUCCGGAAUAGGACCCAAAGAUCAGCUCACAAAACAAAAGAUUCCAUGCUUGGCAGACCUGCCAGUAGGCAGUAACUUACAGGAGCAUUUGUUGCUCAAAUUGGAUAUUCAGACGAACGAGUCAGUGGGUAUUACCAGAGAAAACGCCUUCAAUGCCCUGUCUUAUCUACAUUACAUGACGCUGGGAAAAGGAUUGCUUUCAACCAGUGGUGGUGUGUUUGGUAAUGCUUUGUUGAGAACUGACGUCACGUCCUCUAAAAAUCGUCCCGACAUUCAGUUGACAUUUUCCGCCAUUGCUGACGAUCUAGGCAAAGAGGAUAAUGGCGAAAAUGAUAAAAAUAAACAUUCCAGCGGCGCGGGCAACACAACAAGUGGACAGGGAUUCACAAUCAUUGUUGAACUACUGCGACCGGACAGUAGGGGAAGCGUUCUGUUAGGGAGUGCAAAUCCAUUUACACAACCCAAGAUAGACCCAAACUAUCUAUUUAAUCCAAAAGAUAUCCAGAUGAUGAUAAAAGGAAUAAAGAUCGCCCUAUCCUUCUUGUCAACGGCACCAUUUCGCGCAAUGAAGGCUCGGGUGCGGGAAAAGCCCUACCCCUCGUGCAUUGAGCAUCGGUUCAAGAGCGAUGGUUACUGGGAGUGUUUACUCAGACACAUCGCGGUGGGCAACGGGCAAGCAACGUCAACAUGCCCGUUGGGGUCCAUUGGAAGCCCAAAGACAGUUGUCGAUACAAACCUAAGAGUGAUGAAUAUUUCGAAUCUGCGAAUUUCGGAUGCAAGCGUCUUCCCUAGUUCUGUAUCAGGCGACCUAAUGGCAACACGUGUCAUGUUUGCGGAAAAAGCAGCGGACCUAAUUCGUGGUCACGAGUCCAUCCGGUUUUACAGGAAACUAGCAAAUCGAGCACUGAAAAACAGCUAGGCCUAAGAUGGAAGUGGGUCGAUUCUUGUGCAGAUAUCUCUAAAAUCUAAUUUCAUGGGAACUACGGAAGUCUCUCCUUCAAGCGAACAUCGGAAUUACUAUUUCAUCGUUCACCACUGUAAUGAUAGGAGAAAGAAGACCGUGCAAAACUGCGCGGAAGGCCAAGAAACUUUGCUAGACUAUGGAUAUGCAACUGUUAAAUUUAGUUUUUUAAAGACUAUGUGUUAAUAUUAAUUUUCACAAUGAGGGACGGUCAGACCCAUUAUGCAAAUAUCUCGGCACGUGAUGCUUAUGCGUGCCGUAAGACUUCGGUGCCAACGACCCCCAUCUCUAAACAAAAUACAAUCGAAACUAAAAGAAUGUAUAAAUGCGACAUAUUGACUGGUAUGCAAUACAGCUUAAGUUAAUCUUAUUGUCAUACGUUAUUGACUUCAUUCAUUUCAUUGAUCAGUUAUUAAUAAUAAGUAAUCCGAUUAGCUACAUCGUUCUGAGAUCCAAUUAAGAAUUGAAUUCCAGCCAUGGUACUCAAGCCUCGGUAACAAUGAAACCCAGGAUAAUUUUGUCAUACAUUUCUCUGUCAUGUUUAAAUUUCGUAGGACAUAAACACUAUUGUGGUAACGGUCAAAUGAAAAUGAAACGCUUUCAUGGGAGGAACUGAUGUUUGAUGAAGUUUUCACUCUAUGCUUAUAUACCUUCUCCAGAUAUGGCAGGGUAACUCACGAAUAACGCAGGAGUUAAUUUACAGUACCAUGCUUAAAUUACUUGAUUUUGUACGAAUUCCGAACGAUUAUCUCACAAUCAUCACACGUUAAUCUCACGUGAUAUUGUCGUAAGAAUUACACCACACUUUUGGCAUCCCCAGCAUGUCAUUUUCCGUGAGAAUGUCGUACAGAACGUCUGAGAAUCUGUAUAAAACAGGGUAGUCCAAGCCACGACAGUUUGUGUUGUUGUCGCAAAACACCUGUUUGUAUCCCACGACUGUCGUACAACAAGACAAUCCACGAACUCCCCCAUAUUUUUGGCGUGAACCUGCAUAUUGCUGUCGUGGUUCAAUUAUGACCUAGGCUGAACUACAUUAUUAUAGUUAUUGUUGUUAACUUAUUCAUUUAGCAAUUUUUUUAUUUAAUUUAUUUUUAUUUGUUUUCGCUGAUUUAUUCAUGUAGAUAUUCAUGUGUUCAUUCAUUCAUUCAAAAAAUUAUUUCGAAUACGUAUUGUAAUAGUUAUGCCAUUAAAUUCAAUUCUUGAAAAAAAUAUUUUUAAUUAAAUCUGAUGACCACAGUGAAGUAUUGCAUAUAUAAUUAAAAUGUAUGGACCGAUAAUAAAUGUGCGCCGGAUGUGCUUCCUUCUAUCCAGAUGGAACUGAAGAAAUGGGAAUACUAACUACAGCGACCGCCCUAAGACAUGGACGGCUCAAGCACGAUUCGCUUCGUAGCUAGAACCAAUUGGAACACCUCGACCAAAAUCCAUCGAAAAUAACCUCGGAAGUAUGCCGAUACAUCAGUAGAAGUAGUUCGUUUUUUAUAGUAGUAUUAAUUAAAUGUAGUGUUUUAACGUGUAUUAUGUAUAUCUAAGUUUAAAUUUAUUGUCAGUGAAGAGUUUAAUUGCAUUAAUAAUAAAGAUUCCUAAGAGUAAA